AUGGUCGACACGUGUGGACGCAUCCGAACGCGCCAGGCCAACGUCGUGAGUGCGCGCAGUCGGCUGCACUCGCCGCUCUUCCGCAACACGCGCUCCAGCACCUCGACGACCUCGAGCACCGUCGACGAGAACGACGACGACCCGCUCGUGCGCGAGACGCCGCUGUACCGCCGCAAGCAAGUCUUUUUCGGCGCCGACUUUGACGACAAGGCGGCGCCGCCGCAGCGCAGCCCGGCCUCGACGCGGUCGUCGGGGACGGAUAGCAAGCCCAUCGGCAUUGCGCGCUCGACGACCGGCUCGAGCCUGCGCUUGGACGACGACGCACUGGCCGAGUGCAGCUCGGACACGACGCUAAGUGGCCUCGACGCGCCAUGGGAGAUGCCGCCGUUGACGGCCGAGAACAUUGGCAAGGCGCUGCGCGACCACUCGUACCCGCGCGCGCUCGCUGUCAGCAGCGAGAUCUCGGACUCGCUCUCGCGCAUGAAGAUGCGCAAGCACGAAAUGGAGAUGGCGGCCGUCGUCAUGAAGGUCCAAGCACAGCUGAAGACAAUGGAAGACGUCAUCAAGGAGCUCCAGAACGAACACAUGAUCAAGAACGAGAUGCUCAAGACGCAGAUUGCUGCCACGCAGCGCGUCGCCGCCGAGCGCGAUCACCUCAAGCACGCGCUCUUAGCCGUCUCGACGUCCAACAACCAGUCGCACGACACCCAGGACGACGUGUCGCUCCUCCAGAGCUCGCUGCAGGCGUUUAUGAACCAGACCGAGCACACGCAGUACCUUAUCGUCGAGCAGCUCAAGACGAUGGCGGCGCCCAAAGGCUCGCCGCGCCGGGGGUCGAUGGACGCGCACAAGAUUGAAGCCUCGGUGAAGGCUGCGAUGGGCGACUUUGCCCAGCUGCAGCGGACCAUGCUGUCGACACUCGAGACCUCGCGUCCGGUCCCGGCGCCUGCCUUGACGCCUGCCACCACGACGCCUGCUACGACGCCUGCCAAAGCCCGAGCGCUGCCAUCGACGUCGUCGGGUUUCUGGAAGGCGGCGGUUUUUGCCAUGCUUGCGAUUUGGCUCGCAACACUUGGUGUCGGGACCGGCCACGUGCCAGUCAGCUAUGACGCUCUAGCGCGUUACCUGUCGCAAGACCUCGGUGACGUGCCUCGGUCGGUCGUCACGGCGCCAUCGACGCCAGUUGAGAUUGAGAUGGAGAGUGUGCCGACGGUGGGGAACGUCAUCGAUGCCCCUUUGGACGACUCUGCCGUGGUCACGACGUUCGUCGACGUUGACGGCGACGGAGAUUCCGUCACCGACGGCACCGAAGCCAGCACGACGGCCAGUACAAGCGUCCAAGCCGUCCUCGCUGUUGAAGCCAUGGUCGACCUGCCGCGUCGUGAGACGGCACUCGAUGGCAAGGACCGCGCCGAGAGUGUCGACGCGCCUGUCGAGUCGUCGGUUGCAGACGAAGAUGACGCGGACGAGGAUGACGUGCAAAUGGAGAUGACCGUGACGCCAGACCACAUGGAUACCGACCUUGUGCUCCAGACCGCGGAUGGUGACGUCCGUACGGACAAGGGCGACGCCAGUGCCAGUGUCCGUGACGGGGACUUCAACGAUGAUGGUGCGACGUUGUCGAACGAUGCCGAAGGGACGGCAGAUGUCGAGCAGGUGUCGCUGGUCGUCGCGGCGGACAAAGGCCUCGAUGGGUCGAAGGAUGUUCUCGUCGACACCGGUGACGAGCCAGACGCCGUGGCCACCUCUCCACACGCUCUAAUCGCACUCCCUGCCGCCGACGCACAAGUCGAUGCUGUCCCUUCAACGGACGAUGCGUGGUCGGAUGCCAUUGGUGUGCUCGACGCCGACGCAAGUGCCAAGGCGCUUGCCCUGGUCGCUGUAUUCCAAGCGACGACGUGGACGAAAUGA